AAAACACCCGGAUGUAGACCAAAACAAGGUGAAAGCAGAAAUUUCAUAUUCCUAAAUAAAAAAUGGCUUCCAUACCUCCAACUAAAACUAGAGUGAAACCAAGGAAGCCAAGGAAACCCUCUGGUUCUCGUCCUAUGCGAUGUAUGAAAUCUGAAUGUCACCAUGGCCCGACCAACACCUACUCUCUGGCGACACCUAUAGGUACAAUGGAGCUAGUCAGUUGCCCAAGAGGGAUUCAUACACUAGGACAGUUAAAUACAAUCAAUGAUGAUAACUUCAUACCAAGACCUGAUCAAGAAGUGUGUAUCAAGACACAGUUAUUCAAGGACAAUGGCUACACAUACAAACCUGCAUUGAAAUGUGUAGAAUGGUUGAGUCUUUACUUCAAGAAGGACCCGACUCUGCAUACAUUACCCCUACCUGCCAUAUGUUCAUUCCUUAAGAAAUCAAACAAAGGUGCUACAUUUACAUCACGUGUUCUACACAACCUUGCUCAUAAGAUCAAAUAUGGACAAACAGUGUCAUAUGGGGCACUUGGGAAGUUAAGUGGCAGCCCUACUGGUGCUUGUAGGGCUGUGGGUCAAGCCAUGCGCAAUAAUCCAGUACAGAUACUUAUACCCUGUCAUAGGGUCAUAGAAGCCAGUGGGAAGAUAGGCAACUAUAGCGGCGGAAGUAAGAAUAACACUAAAGUCUGGUUGCUACAAUUGGAAGGUGUGUUGAAAACUUAGACAACUAUAAUAGUGAAGGGGUCGAGGGUUGGAAGAAUGAUGCCAGGGUCUAGGGGUUGAAAAUAUAGCUAUAUUAUUAAAAGAUGGUGCUGCUAGUAGACAUUCCAUAGUUUAAAAUAGUGUUUGCCACAAAAUGAUUUGAGCUUAAUUGACAUAUGGAUGUACAUUAGAAAGUCUGAAUAUCAAUGUAUUGGGAUAUUCCAUGUAAAGAGUAAUAAAUGUGCACAAACAAUACUGACUUUUGUCGUUAUAUUAGGGAUGGCCUUUUUUCAUUUACUUUUAACGCAAAAAAGAAUAUAUAUGUUAUACGUCCUCCAAAGGAGGUGUCCAUAAAUUAUACCUCCAUUCUGAAUCUUGGAACAUUGCAAUUUGAGGAUGGUGUUUAAGAUGUUGCUAUCAUAUGCAGGCCUCCUAGACUUCUAUCAAUGCAAACAUCAGUUCUCACCUCGAGUUAGAGUGCAAGGAAUGUAGCUCGCGAGGUCAGAACUGAUGUU